CACUGGGACUUUCCGGAUACGUCAUUCGGGGCUUCCGAGUUUUUAAGCUAGCUCUACCACUUUGCGUUCAUGUCGACAGGCGCAGUAAAUGUCGGUGCGUUGCCCCUGAGUACACACCGAAAGAGACCAUGAAAACGCUAAAGGCUCCCAGGAGUGCCGAGAGGUUUGAAUUUUGAGGCGUCGUUGUCGGAAGCGGCGGUCGGACUGAGAGGCGGAAUGUCAACAACGCGGCCCCUCCUCGGAAUGAGACGAGUCACCGAGCUGGCGUGCCCGGAGCAGCCGACCAGCAGGCUCCCUGCUCCGGCCGGCAGGCAGCAGCCGGAGGCCCCCACCGUGGACGAGUUCACGGUCCUGGAGGAUAAAGAGGACGAGUUGAAAUGUGCCAAGCCUCGAGUGGAGCAGGUUUUUAAAGUAACGUUCACAAUUAUCGGUCUGUUGGACCACACAGGACAGCCGCACGGCAGCAAAACAUUACGACAGAUAUGGCUGCAGCUCAGGGGAAACAGGGACGACGUCUCUAAAGCAAAGGAAUAUGUUCGAGGACUGUGCGACCCAGAGCUGCAGAAAGAAGAGCGGUACCCAGUGGACAUGCACUGUAUCUUUGCUGGAGCCCGGGGCCUCUUCUUGGACAGACUCAUACGGGACACAAGUGCCGAGGUCCUGGUGCCUGAGCCGGGCCGCCUGCGGCUAUUGGGUCGGGCUGAACCGGUUGUGAUGGCCCAGAGCAGAGUUCAGCAGUUUGUAGCACUAUUCCAAGAGAAGCGAAGUCUGCCGAGCGACAGAGAACCAAUGGUGAAACGAGCGUUCAAGUCCUUUGUUGAAGAAAGGGAUGAUAAGUACACUAUGGAGCUUCUGCUGCUGCCCAGUGCCCUGAAAGAGGAGCUACUGGGUCUGGUUCACAGUCCCACAAGCACAAACACAUCUUCUAUGGCUCAGCUCAACCAGGCGAUACAUCCCAGCGUGGCCGAGGUCGACCAAGACCGCUCUCAGAGCAGCACCCCCGUGACGGAGCUCUCCAACCGCAUCCUGGACACCAGCUUUGACGAUAAAGGGACCUCGACGGCAUCCGCCGCCGCCGGAGGCGCCAAAGGAGCCGGAGGCGGGAUAGGUUUGGGUCCCGAGGCCGUGCUGCUCAACGGCACUCGUCCCUCGCACAAGCGGCGCUCGUCCGAGAGCGAGGCGCGGGACACAAAGAGACAGUACUCCCUGGAGCGGAGGGAGGAGUCGCCGGAGAGGGCGAGAGAGCGUCCCAGGGACAGAGAAGGCCGGGCGGGAAGUGUUAGCUGUAGAUCCAAGACCCCCUCGGCUUCGUCGUCCUUCUCCUCCUCCGGAAAAGCGAACACGGUCGGUCCAAUCAUGCUGGACCCCAGUGAAAGUCCAGAUGACGGGGAGGCAGUUAGCCCGGAAACCAACCUCCGCUGCUUGGUCAAUUUCUUCAGAACCAUGGGUUACCAGCAGGAAGUGGUGGAGCGCGUCGUCAAGGCGACGGGACAGACCGAAGACACCUUCCUCGUCCUGGAGAAAAUCGUCGAGGAAACCAAGCGUUGUGAAGAGGGGUCGAAAGGAGGUGAAAAAGACAGACGGCUGAACUUUAUGCGGAGCCCCGACACUCCCUCCUCCUCCUCCUCUUCCUCCUCCACCUCCUCCUCAUCGUCGUCGUCGUCCUCCUCUACGGUCUCUCAUUUGAGAGACAAGGAGCGAGACUUGAGCAGGGCCUUGGUGGACCCGGGAAGGUCGAAAGAGAACAUUAAGCCCCGCCAGCAUGGUAGCAAUAGCAACGGGCUGGGUCACCGGAGGCAGUGUAGCGGCAGCGAGGCGAGCACCCAGCAGGCCAUUACAAUCAAGAGAAGUUCUAGUGCUCAAGGAGGAGCGGGAAACUACGAGGUCAUCACCAUCGAGGACGACGAAGACGUCAUCCCCACGGACACCAGAACGGCGGAAAGUAGAACGUCCCGGGCGAUGACGGUGGCGCACGUCGACACACAGUCGGGAUCCAGGACGGACUACUUGGCGCGGGGAGGGAGUGGAGUCUCGCAGAGGGAUUACCUGUCUCGAGGCGGGACUCAGACUUUGGGAGGAUCGGUGAAAGUUGAGAGUGUGACAGCGCUGCGCAGCACGCCUCAGUGGUUUACUGCACCCACUAGCUCCCUGGCUUCAACACCCAGUUCCGCUCAGACCAGCACCCGGCCCUCGGCCUCUCCCUAUCAGACCAUCGGCCACAUGGGCAUGCACGGGGGCGGAGCCUGGACUCCUGCCGCGAACGACCACACCGCGCCCCCGGUGACCGGUUUGGCUCGUUUCCACCAGUCGCUGAGGACCCCCUUCACCCUGAAACUGCCGAACGAGGCGGGAUGUCCGGACCUCCGGCACAUCAUCAUAGACGGCAGCAACGUGGCCAUGGCUCACGGCCUGCACCGGUUCUUCUCGUGUCGCGGCAUAGCGCUGGCAGUGGAGACAUUUUGGAAGCGGGGCCACAGAGAAAUCACAGUGUUCGUCCCUCAGUGGCGCCAGAAGAGAGACCGACUCACGACAGAACAACAUUUUCUGAACCAGCUAGAGGAUCUGAGGCUGCUUUCCUUCACUCCUUCCAGAGAAGUCUGUGGCCAGAGGAUAUCCUCUCACGAUGACCGGUUCCUGCUCCACCUGGCAGAGAAAACAGACGGGAUCAUCGUCACCAACGACAACCUGAGGGACUUUGUGGACACGUCUGACACCUGGCGCAAAAUCAUUCAGGAGAGGUUGCUUCAGUUUACAUUUGUUGAGGAUCACUUCAUGAUCCCCGAUGACCCUCUGGGGAAAAAUGGACCUCACCUCGACAUCUUCCUACGUAAAGACAGCAGGAGGCCUCCAGCCACCCCCCCUCCUCUGAGACCCCCGGAGUUCAGACCCUCUUCCCAGCAGCACCAGCCCGUUUACGUCCAGGCUCUGCACUCUGCCCCGCGAAACCCCACCGCCUCGCUGAUGCCCCACCCCCCCUCCACCACACACUGGCCCCACUCCGGCCCCCCCGAGUGGCACCCGCCCCGCCGCUCCCCCUCGCCCUCCCCCUCGCCCCCUCCCCAGCGGUCGCCGGGGGAGACGUCGGAGCUGAAGAGAAAGCUGUACGACAUCUUCCCCGACCAGAAGCAGCGGAUCGACCGCAUCCUCAACGACAACCCUUACAUGAGAGACCUGAACGCCCUGUCUGGGUUGCUGCUGGGAUAAAAAAAAAACAAAAAAAAAACUGUCUACGUGAGACACACAUGUGACAACACAGAUGUAUCAGCAUAAAAUAAUUUAUUUUCCCAUUUCUUCCUAUUAUUAUUAUUAUUGUUGAACAGACAUGACUGAUCAUCAAACUAGCUGCUAUUGGCAAUUUUUUUUUUUUUUUUUGUCCCCCCCCAUAUGCCAUAUUUGUUCCGCAGCAAAGUCUGUAAUGUUCACAUGGUAAUAAAUCUUCACAGUUUUGUUGACACGAGUCCAGAGUUUCCAUGAAUGCGGGACCAGCACUGGGAGAACACAGCUCUGCACCAACACCAGAGAACUGGUCUGAUGGGACGGCGGCUCGGCGUUAACACACAGGACGGGCUUCUUCUUGUAAACUUUACUCACCGUGUCACUUCUUUCAAGACUCUUUGGGAGACAAGAGCGCUUUUUUUUUGUUUUUUUUUGUUUGGUUUGAUUCAUACCGGCAGGAUUUGCAUGGUUAUUUAUACAUUGUUCGGACAUAUUGCUUAUAUACAGUUGUUAUGUUCUGGGACAGGAGCAGCUCUCUGUCGUGUAAUACCAGGAUCUUGAUUUAUUCCACUUUGGCGGGAAGAAGCUUAAAAGGUUUUAAAAGUGCCCGCCCUUUGAGUUAAAUUUCAGCUUUAACCUCGUUUUUAUCGGGAGUCACAGCGUUGGCAUCAAAAGGACAGAAAGCCCAACAAGUAAUAGUCAGUCACCACAGGCAGCUUUAAUUUAACGAGCAGCAAAACACAUUCAUUAUUUAAUUCAUUUUUGCAUUACAAAAAGAAAGCACCUUUGGUUAUGUUUGAGGUCGACAGUUUGAGGCUGUAUAAGUGGGCAGGAAUGACAAUCAUUUUUUUGUGUGUGUUUAAAUGCAGCUCAUUGUGUGUAUAUAUAUAUGGAGGCUUAAUUAAUUCCUAUAAUUUAUAAUUCAGUUUCCACAACUGAAGCAGCACUGCCCAUCUCUAUCCCCUCAAAGUGUUUUCCUUGUUUGCCUUAUUAUUUUUUAUUUUUUUUAAUAUUUCAAGAAUGCUAAAGUACCAGGAACUUCGUAUCGGUGCCAAAUCACAUUUAUUUAUUUAUUUUUUUAAAAGGCUUUCUCUUCGCCAAUAGGUUCCUCCUGUUUUUUUUUUUUUUUUUGUGAGAGAGAGUCUGACAAACCCCCACGUUUCUUACUCUCUCGUAGGUUUGUGUCGCUUUUCGAACCUGCUACGUAUAAACUGUCUCUUAACAAGCUGUGGUGAAUCUGAUUUUCCUGCUCUGAUGCAAGAAUUUAACAUUAGUCUUCUUCUUCCCAGAGUUACCGGGCUCUAUCUUUAGGCGACACACACACACACACACACACACACACACACACACACAGUCGGCCCAUCAGGAAAGAAACACUACAAAAGUUUAAAUUUAUUCUCGUUUGGUUAAGUUAAAAUUUAAAUAAAUUUAAAAAAAAAUCACACACCUCAAGUUUUCUCUCUGCCAGCAUUUGUAAUUAGUGUUUAAUAGCUGAAGUCGAUGCCCUGACUGUAAGUAACGGCGUAAUGGGGUGAAGCGCAGUUUCAUUGAUAAAUAUUUUUAACACCCAGAGAAUGUGGGCUGCAGCUUGCAUAUUUAAUGUGCAUCUGAGUUUUUGUAAGAUACAAACAUUUCGUCUCCUCGUAAGAAAAAAGGAAUUCUGCACCAGGACUGGUUUUCGUUCGUAUUGCUCUGUCGUCGUUGAUUACUGAAGGAUUUUUUUUUUUCUCUCUGUUGUAUUAUAGGUCUUUUGUGUAUAUUGAUUUCUUUUUUUGUAAAUAUACACAUUAUUAUUAUUUUUAUUGUUUUGUUUUGGUUUUGGCUACGGUGCACAUAUUGAUUUAUGUAUGUGAAAAGAAAAACAAAAUAAAUGCAGCAUUCCCCAUAA